AUGGGCACCAUGACGGCCCCUGUUGGCCCAACCUUCUUGAGCGUUCCCCUGGAUGUCCUCGUCAAUCGAGACCUCGACAAGAAUGGACGCGAGUUGCUUGAAACCCUUCACAAGACAUCCGCUGCUACAUCUACAACUGUCUCUGCGGACAUGCUGCUAGAGCCCGCCAGCAAGAAGCAAAAGUUACAAAGCGAACCACCGGUGGACAGCGCAGAGGCUGCCCUCCUGCGAGCCGGCCGCAAGAAGCCACCUUGGACUCCUACAGAGCAGGCUGUUGUCGCUAUCAAGCAUUGCGAGCUGGGGAACAGAUGGACUCAGAUUGCUGCAUAUCUGCCCUUGAGAUCCGAGAAUGAUGUUAAAAACAUCUGGCAUUCAACGCUGCGAUGCAAGGACACGCAGAAGCGCUCGUUCCUGCGUACGUAUGCCCUCGCCGUCCACGACCAUGCUUAUGACUACGCCACCCGCAAGGCCAUGUUUGACAUCGCCCACCAACAACAGCAGCAGCACGACGCCGACGUCAUGCAGGAGGGUGACGAGCAAGCCGACGCAGCUGCAGACGUGCAACGCAAGCCAUCCGCCACCACCGCCGCUGCCCACGGGUCCGCAAACAAGCCUAGUGAACAGUGUAUCCUGGAUGUACGACGCCUGCUCCAGUCACGAGAAAAGUACGGGAGCGGUAAGUAUGGCGAUAUGUACGGCGACGCGUACAUCGCUAUGGAUCGAAUUGCCGCUGAAGAAGCGCUUGCAUCGGAGCUUGAACAUCAACAACAGCAGCAGCAGCAGCAGCGGACUCACCUUCCCCAGCUGCAAGGCCCGCAGAGUCAGGCUCCCGGAGGCGCGCUCCGGAACCAACCCGCCGAGGCGCUGGAUUCCCUCCGUGACAACAACAACAACUCCGACUCUGGCGUUUCGGCGCUGCGUCACUACAACGCAACGGCCAUGCAGGCAGCCGGAAACAGCAGCGGGGGUGGCGCCACAGCACCCGCCGCCGCGGGCUUCCCGGCCCCGCCAACUGACUCUCUGCUUGCCAACAUGGUUGCCGCCGCUGCGGCGGCAACGGCAGCGGAGGCGUCGGCAGGCGGAGCCGCCGCCGCUGCCGGUGACGCUCACCCCGGUGCCAGCCGUCAGCCCGGGGCUCAGCUGCCAGCAAUAAACAACCUGCUGGCGCUGCUGUACAAGUACAACAUCGAGCAGUCUCAAGUAGCCGGAAAGCCCCUAGGUACGGGCGGCUGGUCGGGGAGUGGCGGCGAAGAGGAGGAUGGAGCGCCGGGGGCAACGAUGGCGGACAGUCCUACAGCCGCUGGCGGUGGUGCCGGCUCUGAUGUUGCUGCGGCGGCUGCUGUUGCCUCUACGACGGCCGAGGGUGAGGAAGAACGAGGAAGCGCCAAAGCCGCCGCACCGGACGCCCCCACGACGAUGUCCAUGAUGGCAGGCUCGCAGGGCGCCCAGCCCUUGACGUUGCGGCCUCUGACGCUGCGGCCGCUACAGGCCGCAACAGGAAAGCGGGAUCGUGACGGCAACGUGAAGGAGGAGGACGAAGGGGCAGAAGGCGCUAUGGCGACUGGCGGAGAGCGGUCUGCGGAAGACUCGCCCAAGCGGCCCGCCAGCGCCCGCGUGGCGGCGCGUCGUGCGAAUCAGGGUGCAGCGUGUCCGCCUUCGGCCGGGCGUGACAGCGUUGUCGUCAGCAACGGCGACAUCGCGGCCGCCGCUGCUGCUGUGUUCCAGCCCGGUGCCCUGCGGUCUCGCGGCUCGAUGCCGUACAGCUUGCAGGACGCAGAUGCUGAUGAGCUCGGUGCCGUUGAAGCGCUGGCCCUGGCGGCGCGGCUCAACACCUCGAACGGCCGAACGCCUGGCGGCGCGGGCCCAACACCAGGCAGGUCGUCGGGCAGCAGCCUGGGGCCUCCCGGUAAUGGCGCCGCCGCUACCGCUACCGUCGCGUCCGGUGGUGACGUCGGCAGGAUGGCAUCUACCGCGAGCGCUGCUGCCGCCGCAAACGCUGCUGCCGCCGCCGCUGGCGGCGGCCCUGGCAGUUUCCGCAAUGGCGCCGCGCCUGGCAUCCGUGCCAGCACCACCGCCACGGCCCCGGGCGCCGCCGUACUCGAUUUACACAACCGCCCGCCCGCUGUUGCCUCACAACCGCAGCCGCCGCUGCCGGCGCGCAGCCUGACACGUCACUCGGCCUUUGGCAGCGACGCCGAGGCGUCGGUGCUGCUGCUAGUGGCGAUAUGGCUACAGGCCAAUAAGGAGAAGAUUACAUUGGAGCAGGCUCGGGCGGUGUGCGCUGCGGUGCGCUUGGCGGCCCUCGGCGGUUUCUACCUCUCCGCCGUAUUGCCUCAGCUUCUGACUGAACCACGGGUCGGUCCAGCCGCCGCCAAGACCCUCGUCGGCUCCAACGCGCGGCCCGGUGGGCGAUGGUUCGAGAUGCGCCAUGAGGAGCUGGCGUUCCUCACACGCUACGUGCACGCCGGCGCGGCGGAGCGCGCUCUGCUGGCCGAUGUGGCGCGCAGCGUGUACGACUGCAGCCUGCCGUGGUACGACAUGUCUCCACGGUACUUGGGCUCCCCUGCUGAGGGAUUUUGCUUCGAAUGGCACAUUCCGGAUCAAGGUCUCCGUGACGCGCUGAGUAACGGCACGCAGCCGCACGCGGCGUUCACAGUCAAUGACGACAUCUCUGACAGUGACGGCGGCGGCCCUGACGGCAGCGUCGCCGUCGUGCCGUACAUCCUCUGUCGCGGUCUUGAGUGGCAUGUUUUCGUAGAUUGCCAACAGCAGCGCCGCGGCGGCGGCGGCGGUGGCACAGGUCCCGGCGGCGCCGGGUCCUCCUCCGUCGCCGGCGUGUUUGUGUACUGCAGAGUUCCGGCGGCACUCCGCGCACCCGGCGCUACCACCAGCGGCUUUGUGGGCGUGGUGCCUGGCGCCGGAAUUCGCCUAGGGGUGCACGGCUGGCGGUGCGGUCGUCUAGAGGAGGUGUUUGUGUGGACCUUUGGCGACGAGACCUACUUCGUCCCUGACGCCGGUAUGGGCUGCCCGUCGGCGCUGCCGCUGCGUAAGCGGCCCGCCAGCCCGCCGGGAGCUACUAGCGCCCGUGGCGGCGGCGGCGGCGCCGCCGCCGCCGCCAGCGGCGCCGAUCCGUCUACCUCGGCAUGGGCGGACUACCUCCACGAGGGCGGCCUCCGCGGAACGUUGACUUUCCUGCCACAUUAA